AUGGCGCUGGGAGGCUGCGGCCGGCGGAAAGGCACGGCGGGGGGAAGGCGGAGAGGUGGGGCCAGCCCGGCCGCCCCUUCCCGCGGGAUGCCUGCCCAGCCCCGGCCCAGCUGGAAUUUCUGUACACGUCUCUUCGGGCGGCUGCUGCGCCGCGCCGGCUGCCUGCGCGCCUGCAAGCGCGACCUGCCCGUCUUCCAGCUGCGCUACCCCCCCGCGCAAACGCUGCGCGACUUCCAGCGCCGCCUGCCCUACCAGUACCUGCACUACGCGCUCUUCAAGUCAAAUAAGAUCGAGAAAGCGGUGUCCGCUGCCCACACCUUCCUGCAGAAGAACCCCAAGCACGAGAUGACCUUGAAGUACCUGAACUAUUACAGGACGAUGCUGGACGUGGAUGAAUACCUGGUCGACCUGGAGGCUCAGCCCUAUGAGCCGAUAUUCGUGCGGUCGGUGAAGCUGUACAACAACGGGGAUUUCCGGAGCAGCGCGGCCGACAUGGAGCAGGCGCUGGCUGAGUAUUACAAGGCGUACGAGGACUGCCUGGCCGGCUGUGAGGGUGCCUAUGAACUGCAGGAGUUCAAGGACUUCUACCCUGCCAUCGCAGACCACUUUGUGAGCGUGCUGCAGUGCAAGGUGGACUGCGAGACUGAGCUCACCCCCAAUGUGGGCGGCUACUUCGUGGAGAAGUUCGUGGCCACCAUGUACCACUACCUGCAGUUUGCCUACUACAAGCUGAACGACGUGCGGGAUGCGGUACGCAGCGUCUCCAGCUACAUGCUCUUCGACCCGGGUGACGCCGUGAUGCAGCAGAACCUGGUCUACUACCGCUUCCACCGUGAGCGCUGGCGCCUGCAGGAGGAGGACUUUGAGCCCCGGCCGGAAGCCGUGCGCUACCACAACCGGACAGCUGCCCAGAAGAAGAUGCUGGACUUCGCCAGGCAGUACCUGCAGGCUGACGAUGAGAUGGAGGUGGACGGCGGCGAGGGGCUGGAGGCACGGGACCUGCCCUCUGACGGCGAGUUUGAGGGCGAAGGCGACUACGAGGAGGGCUUCUUCGCAGAGUGGUGGCAGGAGCCCAAGACCAAGGGGGACAAAGCCGACCAAGGUUCCUGA